CCAGCUUUGAUAAACUUCUCCUUUUCCGCUCUUGCACUUCGUUGGAGGAAAACAAACGCUCAUCUUCUACAUCUUGUCGGCUGUAGAAAUGCGGCCGAGCAGGCCGGCUUUAACUUUAUCAGACACACUUUGGCCCUCAGUCAGAGGGAGGAGGAGAGGAGAGGAGGAAUAAUGUCCCCGUGUCGCCUGUCCGUCGCGGUGACUUUCUGUUUGGUUUGGUAUUUCUCAGACAGUGGACAAACAGCGGUUCAGUAUCUAAUAUGCGUGCUUUGUUGUCUCAUAACACCGCUGUUUGGUAAAAACGGGCGCGAGAGCAGCACUCAGACUGAAGAAGAGCCGAAGGAACAUCCGCUCCAGGAAACUUCUAAGGAAGACGUGUUUGACGGACCUGAUGAAGGAUCCCUUGAGAAGAAUACACCUCCGAUUUCCAAGUAUUCACAUGCGAGGAAGUCUCUGCAGCAAGUGUUUGAGUGUGCCUACGCUCAGCUGGUCCUGCCUUGGCUCGGCGUCCCCGAGCCCUUGGAGCACCAGCCUCUGCACGGGGUGCUCAGCAGGGAGUUUGACUUGGUGAUCGACCGCAUCAUUAACAGGUCCAGGGACUUUGAUGUCUGUCGGGCCGUGGUGGGCUCCAUUAGGAUUCUGACCCAACACUUGCAUAAUGCAAGGCAGCCUGACAGAGAGUUGUUGCUCAGCACCCCGGCCGUGGAAAUGACAGUCCUCAGAGAGCUCUCUGAUGCACUGGUACGCAACCUUUUCCCCCCAUCUUUCUGGGGGCAAGAAAUCAGCCAUUGUGCCUUAAAAGAGAUCCUUGCCUUAAAGGGGUUGAAGCUGGUGGUGAGGUGGCUCUCUGACCCAGACAAUCUGAACCAGCUGGUGGUGAACCAGCUCGACGGCGUCACCUUGGAGAGUUCUGCAGAGGAGCCGCCUGUAUCUGACCCAAAUCAGACCUCUCUUGAUUCACGAGGGGGUGACGGCGGCGACAGGGAAGGCAGUGAAGUGAGCGUGCCAGAGAUUUCACCCGAUGCUGAUAUCGGGAGCAAAAGGAAAGGCAGUAGGUUGAAGGAAGGAUGGUUCAAAUUCAUGGACAAGGUGAAGUCCAAGAAAGCCAAGAAGAAGAAGAUGAAAACGAAGGAGCAUGAGCUGCUUGUGAGGAUGACCCAGGGGGACAAGAAGAAAGAUGUUGGCAGCAGAGAGGGAUCACUUCUUGACCAGGAUGAAUCUGAGAGGGACGACAGUGAUCUGGAGGAUUAUCUGGCAAGUGUCCAGGAGGAGCUGAUAGAAUUUAAGCUGUCGUAUGAGAUGUGGCGCGUUGGAAACUGGACCAUCAGCAUCCCCCAUGCCGACUGGGUGGAUGAGGAGCUGGUCUUCACUGUGCACUUGGAAGAAAAGGACAGCCCAGAGAAUUUACAGUGGGACAUCAAAAAGACCUACAUGGAUGUUUUUUAUUUCCGCAACAGAUGGCAGCACUCCACCUGCCUUCCCACCAUCUGUGACAUGAAGGAGUCUGACGUCGGCGACGAGGUUAAAGAGGAAGUCAGAAAAUCAGUCGAACACUUCCUGCAGAAAUUGGUUUCUGAUGAAACGUUUGGACCCACUCAACCAGUCUUUCAGUUCCUGUGUCCUCUGGAAAAACUGCUGAAUGAAGAAGAACAUCACGGCGUGUGGGGCCUCCUCAGUGGAUUGGCCUGCUUUCUCUCUCCGGUUCAAGAGGAAGAAGAGAACUUGAACUCUCAGACAGAAGUCCCAAAAGAAAAUGCACGGCCAGCUUCAGCUGAAGGCAGCAGAGACAUCCCUGGUGCUCCCCUCCCAACCAUUGUUGUCUCCCAGUAUAAUUCUCCUACACAGCUGCCCAAGGAGGCAGGAAUGAAUUCAGAUCCAAAGCCGUCUGUUAACUCCUCACAUGAAAACCGCCCCCAGGAUAAACCAGAGGACUCUGAUAAAACCCUAACAGCUCACUUUAAAACGUUCAUCAGAGGAGUGACCAGAUCCAGGUCACAGGAGUCUCUGGUCUCGCCGAGGAGCAGCAUUGAUGAGGAGCAGCUGGAUGAAAGAGAAGGCUUGCAGCAGGAAGGCACAGAGGGGCGGUCUUUGGUUAAUCCCAGUAUAAAGUUGAAUAAAAAGGAGAAGACUGGUCCUAAGAUGUCUACAGGAGCGAACAAGGCCAAAGGAAAGGAGACUUCUGGAGCACCGCUGAGAGGAGAGGAGUCGCAGCAAGGUCAAGGCAACUGGGAGCAGCUUGAGGCAACUAAGGCCAUAUUUGAGCUGCUGAAAGAAAUAUCAGGAAACUCGAUCCUCAUCAACAUCUUUGAUGCUAUUUUAAAACCAGUGAUGCCCAUCUUGAAAAAGAAAAUCAACACUUUCCUGAACAAGCUGAACCCAACAGAGGAGACGAUGGCUGCACAUGUCGACACGAUGCGGAGGAAACUGUGGCCGGAGAUUCAACAAGCAGCACCUCCACCUACUCCACCUCCUCGCACUGCUGAGGAGAAGAAAGAGACCAGAGAGCGAGCACAUGACCUCAUUAACACACGAUAUUCAAACUUCCUCAUCCUGAAGAAGACUGAUGUGGAGUCUGUGUUUAAUAUUUUCCAGAACAGCGAGGAGAAUCAGUCUCUGGUCUACACGCUUCUUUCCUUCCUGUUGGGACAGUUUCUGCCCAACGAGCAUUCCUUAGCUGUGAGCGCCGCCAUUCUGCAGAAAGCGACCAGCUCCUGCAACGGUUCUGUCAAACCCUGAAUGUGUUUUUAUUUAAACUAUUCUGAUGUUUUUAAACUAGACCAUCAUUAAAAGUCUUAACAUGUUUGG